UUGGUGACGGUCACCUGUUUGGGGAGAUGAAAACAAAGAACCAACUGGGGUCGAGCCAGAGCCUUGCAGCUCCAUGGGCAGAUGACCCUCCCCAGAUGAGAAAAUCUUGCAGGGCAGCUUACAUUCUGCCAGAAGAUUCCCCUGACGCCCGGCUGCUGCGGCAGCGUCAAGACAUGGAGAACUCUCGAGGAAUCGCCGGGAAUGCUUGUUUUCAAUGCAGCAUACCGUUUUCUGUUGACUGAUCGAAGCGAAUCGACGUCACGUUGCUGCCAUCCGUGAGAGUCCGUAUCUCAAAGGGCACGAGACGCUCAUCUAUUAAACCCCCCCCUUCGCUCCGGAACACCAUAGCCAUUCUCACUUCCAUCAGCACAAUCGCGACCUAGGAGGCCAACAGUCCUUUUUGCAAAUCCAGUCCCAUCACUUUUCAUCGACCCCGCGACAAAACCACCCGCACCAACCACUUUUCUCAAGAUGGGCAACGACGUCUUCCGACACAAUGGUUUCACCAACACGGUGACGACCAACAACCACAUCACUGCCGCUGGCAGCGAUUGGUACUGGACCGUCUGUUCGGUCAUGACCGUUUCGACUCUCGCCCUCAUGGCCCUGUCCUUCUUCAAGCAGCGAUCCCAGCGUCUGCUCUACUACAUCGCUGCAGGCCUUACUCUGAUCCCGGCCAUCUCGUACUUCUGCAUGGGUUCCAACCUGGGUUGGACCGCCAUCUUGGUUGAAUGGGUCCGCAGCGACGCCAACGUUCACGGCGACAUGCGCCAGAUCUUCUACGUCCGAUACAUCGAUUAUUUCAUCACCGUGCCUCUCUUGUUUACUCUCUUGUUGUUGAGCUGCGGUCUCCCCACCUCAACUCUCCUGUACACCCUGCUCAUGGGCGAGGUUUGGGUCAUUAUGGCUCUUGUCGGUGCCCUUGUCCACAGCGAAUACAAGUGGGGUUUCUUCACCUUCGGAACCGUUGCACUCUUGUUCGUCGGCUUCGCCAUCAUCUAUGAGGGACGCGCCUAUGCCCGUACUCUUGGACAAGAUAUCCUCCGCGUCUACACCGUCUGCUCUGCCUGGGUUGUCUCCCUGUGGAUCGUCUACCCCAUCAUCUGGGGUGUCUCCGAGGGUGGUAACGUCAUCCCUCCGGACUCCGAGGCCGUCGCCUAUGGUAUCUUGGAUAUCCUGAUCAAACCCGUCACUGCUGCCUUCCUCAUCUGGGGCAUGCGCAAUGUCGAGAUGGAGCGCCUGGGCAUCCACAUCCGCGAUGUCAACGCCGCCCCAGGCACUGCUCCUCAAACCGAGAAGGCUGCUGAGGCUGCUGCCGCCGGCGAGGGUGUCACUGCCCCCGCUCCUGCCGACACCACCGCCACCAGCGCUGUGUAAACGGCUGGCCAUGUCGCAGCAUUGUCAAGGCCAUAGGAUCCGAUCCGCCCCGUGCUCUGGACUAGCCCAAUUUUCGAUAAAUUCGACGGACACCGAAUCCUCUUCGCCCUGAAAUGCUACGAGGGGUUUUUCUUCAGUCCCCCCCCUCAUUGUCAAGCCGGAGGUCUCUUACUCUUUUGCCGGACCUCACCCAACUCGAUACCCAACCUUUUUUUCUUACCAACCCACCCACCCAAAAUCAACAUAUCCGACAAUGCGACAGGUCGCUCGUUAUAAAGAUGACUACAGGGGGAUUUUCACGAAACGAUUAAUUACUUAACUAAUUCACGGAGUCGUGCAGAAUAGGAGAGGGGGAAGGAAGUGUCUGAUUAAUCACGUCGCGACGAUACCCAAAGAUACCAUGUAUAAGCAUCUCGCCAUUGGGGUAACUUGGUACUUGACCUAAUAAUACCGAUACCAAUAUAUAGAUCUCAUGUAAUGUCAAUGCUACUCCAUACUUCUGACGAGUCUGACUGAGCUUAUGGUGCUGGGUUCCUAAUCUUGCUUGUGCUGGGGGAUGCAAGUCCUCGGGCUGGGCUCGCUGGGUAGACCAAGAACUCGAUGAUAUCUCGUGAUCACUUG